UCAUUUGUCAAAACUGACAGUGACACUUUGACGUAUCACUGUUUAUUUGUGAAUAGUUUUAUUUGUGGUUUUUUUGUUUUUCAUUUUAUUUUAAUAAAAUAUCUUUCAGUUGUUUUGUCCACCCAAGGAUAACAAACAAAGGCUUUGAAAAUUGUUCUUCGCAAACCAUAUCCAAGUGAAUAUGUGGAAAUGCCAUAAAUGUCAGAAACCAGUUUAUUUUGCUGAAAGAAAACACUCACUUGGAUACAACUGGCAUCCAGAAUGCCUUCGUUGUGAAGAGUGCGGUAAAAGACUGAAUCCUGGACAACAUGCUGAACACAAAGGAGUACCUUAUUGUCAUGUGCCUUGCUAUGGAGCCCUCUUUGGUCCACAGCUAUUCGGACACGGGUCCAGAGUUGAAUCUCAUACCAGUUUUGGUAAAAAAGAAUCUCCCAAGUUGGGAAACAAACCAGUACUGCCUAGAUCUGCUUUAGAAUCUAAAAUCAAAGUGUACAAUCAAUUUUAUGAAGGAAAGAGUGGAGAAAUUAGAUCUAGGGAGGUGAAUGGUCGUUUUGUCCUAGAAGGUUCACUGAGAAUCCAUUGGGGGGUUUAUGGGGUAAUACAUUUAAAAGAAAAUGAUGAUCAAAGAACGCUCGUGACAGUACGGAAAAGAAACUCGUGUCAAGCAGGUUCUCCUGACUAUGAUACAGAUGAAGACAUUCAAAAUAUUUCUAGAGACACUAGUUCAAAUGACAUUUCAUCUUAUUCUAGUCAAUCAACCAAUACAUUAGAAUUAAGUAAAUCUGAUACAGGGAUAGAAAGUGGAUCAGAUUCCAUUGACGGCCUCUCAGAUAGUGAUCCUAACUCGCCUAAACAUGUGAUUAUUAAAAGUGUAACACUGCCUUCAAAACUAGAUGUUAAAAAUGUGGAAUGGGAUGAAUUGGAUGAUUUAUUACAAGUUGAACGGAAAGUUGACGAAAAUGAGAAGUUGUAUCAAACCAUGCCCAUUCCACUCCCAUCACAAAUAAGUACUGAAAUUUGUUCAUCAGAGACAGAUCAAAAUAUGACAAUAACUGAAGACUCUUCUACCCUUAAAGCACCUUUGAUUGAUAGUAGUUUAAGUGAGGAUCAAGUACCACUGUUAACAAAUUCACUUAGUAAAGAUGAUAUAUGGACUUCAAAUAGCAGUUCAUUAAACAGGUCAAUGUCAGGACCAGACUGCUUAGAACGUUUACGUACUCACUCACCUGAAUUCGACCGAUUAAGCUUAGCUAAUAGCGAAAUUAGUACUAGUGACGUAACAAGUUCAACUGAUCAAAAUGAAGAAGUGGUUUUAAGAAAAAAAAUCGGCUCCACUGCUAUUCGGCGAAGACCAGGAAAACGCUUAUCUAGAAGCAAAGUGAGACGAAGAUGUUCGAUCAACGGGCAUUUUUACGAUAGGGAAACUAGUUUCUUUACACCUCCUCACGGUAGUCAAAUGAGUGUUUGGGUCACAUCCAUGGUCAACACUCCUGAGGUGAUAAAACUACUAUUGGAAAAAUAUAAAGUGGAGAGUGACUCUAGUAAUUUUGCAUUGUUUGUUGUAAGAGAUAAUGGAGAACAAAGACGACUAAAGGAUGACGAAUAUCCAUUACUGACGAGGGUGCUCUUGGGUCCGCACGAAGACGUCGCCAAAUUGUUCCUCAUGGACAGUCAUUCAACUCCUGAAGUUAGCAGUGAGGUCGCGCAAUUUUUGAAUUUAUCUUUGGUGGAGUGUAGGGCGAUUUUAAACCAAUAUUAUUCACAAGAGGAAAAGGAAGUUGCUAGGUUAAAGGAGAAAUAUCUUAAAAUGAAGCAAGCAAUCACGCAACUGAUGGAACGCUCAUCUAGCUAAUACAGGCCUAAUGAUGUGACUGUAAUAGUGAUUUUAUUAUACCAAAUAUCUGGGUAGGAAAUUUGCAUUUCAUCAUACAUCACUUUUGAUAGGUUAGUAAUCUAUCUCACCAACAAAGUAGUUUAACCAUUAUUACAAUUCUCUCACAUCAGAAACCUCUUUGAGGUGUUGUUGAACUAGAUUUCAUUUUAUGUAAAGUUGAAAUACAUAAAGCUUAUGUGCCUUUGAUUUUCCUAACUCGGGUUGUAAAUGCCAUUUAGGUAUGGUUUUCUUUAAAUUUUACUUUAUUGCGGAAAUAAAAACUAUUAUAGUAUAUAGUCAAGCAACAAUUAAUUACAUGGCUGCAUCUUUUAUCAUCACAGGUAGUUUUCUUUAGCUUGACUAUAUGAAAGUAGAUGUAUCUUCAAUAUGUGAUCUAUAUUAUUCAUUUGCAUUUAUUAUUUAAUUAUAUUUUUAAUUGUAUGUAUGUGUAACUAAACCAUUUUUAACAUUUAUUGUUAUUUUCUAUUAUAUAUCUUUUAGAGCUUUUCAUUAUAAUAUGUUUUACAAGGUUAAUUUUAUUGGACAGAAAUAAACAGCAUUAGGAAGAAC